AUGGUGCAGUGUCUCGACGGCGUGAAGCACCUCCUCGCGGUCCUCUUCAAGUGCUGCGACCUCGAGCUCAAGCAGCCGCGGGGGCUCGAGGACCCCCAGGUCCUCGCGCGGGAGACCGUCUUUAGCGUGAGCGAGGUCGAGGCGCUGUACGAGCUCUUCAAGAAGAUAAGCAGCGCCGUGAUCGAUGACGGGCUGAUUAACAAGGAGGAGUUCCAAUUAGCGCUCUUCAAGACGAGCAAGAAGGAGAGCCUCUUCGCUGAUCGUGUAUUCGAUUUGUUCGACACAAAGCACAAUGGAAUUUUAGGGUUUGAAGAGUUUGCUCGUGCACUCUCAGUGUUUCACCCAAAUGCUUCAGUUGAAGAGAAAAUUGACUUUUCAUUCCAGCUAUAUGAUCUUAAGCAACAAGGCUUCAUUGAGAGACAAGAGGUUAAGCAGAUGGUUGUUGCCACACUUGCGGAGUCAGGAAUGAAUCUGUCUGAUGAAAUUAUAGAGAACAUAAUUGAUAAGUUUGAGGAGGCAGACACAAAGCAUGAUGGAAAAAUUGACAGGGAAGAGUGGCACAAUCUGGUUCUUCGACAUCCAUCUUUACUGAAGAACAUGACUCUCCAGUACCUCAAGGGACAUCACCACAACAUUUCCAAGCUUCGUCUUCCAUUCUCAGGUCGACGAUACCUGAAAUUCUUGCAGUUCUUUCGAAUCGGAACAUCAGAAGAUAAGCUUGCGGUAAUUUUGUAA